AUGUCGCUCACCCAGAACCAGGCGCGCGUGCUGUGGGACGCGGGCGGCUUUGCCGUGCUCCUUGGCGUCGCGCGCGGCGCCGAAGCCGGCCUCGACGGCACGAUGCAUGUGGUCGGCGCGUUCGCGGGAUACAAGUUCGUGCCGCCGGGCCUACACGCGCUCGUGUGGGGCGCGGGGGAGGGCUCCAGCGAGGGCGCGGCGGCGGCGCUUCCCCUCCGCUCCGCGCUCAUCAAGCACUGGGGAUCGCGCGAGCGCGUCGUCCUCACCCUCCCCGAAGGCGGGGGGGAGGUGGAGAGCAUGACUCUCGAAGAGGCUGGGCUUCGCGCGCUCGAUCCGCGGCUUGCGUCGUAUCCGUUCGCGGGGCUCGACGAGUGGAAGCGCCUCACGGCGUGUAUCUCACGCGAGGUCGCCGAUGUCCUCCCCGGCGUCGUGGACAGCUUCACGCCCGUCGAGGGCGAGCAGGACGAGGUGGAGGCUGCGUUGCGCGAUGUUGGGAGAGAGGGCGAGGGCGGGGCCGAAGGACAUCGAAAGACAAUCCGCCUCCCGGUCUUCGACCUCAAGCGGUCGUGGCGCGCCGGCGCGCCCGCAGAGGACGUGACGCGGUGGUCGCGCGACAAGAGCGACCUGUGGGCGCGCGUGUGCGGCGCUCACGGCGGUCCCCGUGCGCUGCUCGGACACACCGCGCUCGCCUACAUCCUCUUCGCGCAGGUGUGGAAUGCGCCCGCGCUCGGCGCGUACCGCCGCCUUGUGGCGCUGCAGUGCCGCGCGCACGCGGCGCUGGCUGAGCCCGAGCUCUUCGCGGACGCUUUUGGUAGUGGCGAUAUGGCUGGGAACGCACAGGACGCGCGCGAGACUGCGCUCGCGUUCGUUGAGCUGCUUGUCGCACAGAUUGGGAGCUUGCCGGAACACGCGGCCGUCGAGGUGCCGGACCUCGAGGAGUUUUUCGAGGGCGAGAUCGAGGCGCUGCGCCGCGGACUCGGUGCCGCGCUCGCUGUGCGCGGAUGGUGGGGGCUUGCGAAACGCGCGCAGGCUGCGUGGAGCCAGCUGCGCGCCGUCGCGGCGAAGAGGGGAUGGAGCAUCGACACCCUGCCGCAGGGCGACGAGGAGGAGGACGAGGAGGAGGGCGAGUACGCCCCCGUUGUGGUGGAGACUUAG